AAUAAAUAAAUUAUUCUGGUCACUCUGCUUACUCCAACCUCUCGUAAAUUAAUUAUACCUAAACGAAUCAUGAAUGGAAUAACGUACGAUAUACGUGGUCUUCAGAUUGGAUCAAGAACAAUAUCAGAAAGAAAGAGGAAACUAAGACUAUCAAACUAGUCUAAAAAAUUGUUAAUUCAACCAGGUCUAGCAAACUAAAGCUAACCAUCCACCAGAGUUGUAUCAAGAUUUAUCGUAUGUUUCAUUUUAUAUGGUAAAUACUGUUUUCUCCUGGUCACAAAUCUCACAAGUUAUAAGGAUACUUUUGGUACAAACUUUCUCCACGUAAUUAACUUGCAGGUAAAAUGGAAGGAGUAUAUAUUUAACUCAUUUUUAAUUAGUGAAGUGAUGAGUCGAAUUAUUUUAUCAGUUCAUUUCGACCCGACCCGAAAAAAUAUGGAGCACUAAUGCAUUACUAUUUGUGGUAGCGCUUACGCAGGCUGGAGAGAAUGAGAUGCCUAGUAGGCAGUAGCUAACUUUAGCAGCCUCCACGUGUGUUGGUGUUAUGAAUAUGUUGUCACUAUCUAUCUCUGUUUGAAACAAUUCUAAUAAAACUGCAAUUGACAGAAGAAGGAUCGGUAUUGUUCUUUAGUUGCAAGCACAAACCUUUUGUUUUUUCAGCAGCAGAAGAAUAUAUAAUCAUGGGUAAAUUUUUGACUGUCAUGACUCACCUUCAUACUCUUGCCGGGCCAUCCGUGAUGUUGCUCUAUCCUCUAUAUGCAUCAGUAGUGGCUAUAGAGAGCACAUCUAAGUUGGAUGAUGAGCAAUGGCUUGCUUACUGGAUUCUCUAUUCUUUUCUCACUCUUAUGGAGAUGCUCCUUCAACCCAUGCUUCAAUGGAUACCUAUUUGGUAUGAUUUGAAGCUAGCACUGGUAGCAUGGCUGGUUCUUCCCCAGUUCAGGGGAGCUGCUUUUAUCUAUGAAAAGUUUGUUAGGGAAAAACUCAUCACCAAAUAUGGAGCUCGAUAUUUCAGAGACAAAUCUUCUCCUCCCAAGGUGAGCGUGAAACCCAGUGAAGAUUGGACUGAUUGAGGAGGCGGAUUUAUGUGAAAGCGUUGCAUUCUAAUCAGCGAAAGAACACUAUAUCUGUAAUAAUACUAACAGAAUAUGAAUUGGUGAAGAUCUUAAUGUGAAUGUUAUAUCGCCACUUCAAACAAUAUGUAAUACUAAUAAUCGUUUGCUUAUCGAUGAGAGUUGUUAAUUAUUUUA